GGUCAAGAAAAUCGGUGUUUCAUAGAGACAGUCGAACUGAAGCGGCGCUUCGUACGGCUGUCGAACCAACGCAUUUUAGAUUACGAGAUCAGAGUCGUGAUCGAGACUCGCGGCUGCGAUGGCCCUAACUCGCGUAUAAUUCUCGCGUGGCUAGUACAGUUCGAAAUCACGAACAACGUGGUUCAAUUCGACACGAUUCGUGCGAAACUUGGUCGUUGAACGCGCGACUUAUCGGUAGUUUGACGUUCUCGGUUGUACGUCGAGUGUUCGAGUCGCCGAUACAGAAGCCGAGCAAGUGUACGUAUAAUGGCUCACUCGUUGAUGGAUUCUCUCGUCUAUGUUCCUAGUUCGAAUCUACGCAAUUUCCUUUCUCCGUGUUGCGAGCUUAUGGUAAAACUCGAUUUAUCGAAACGAAAUUUCAGUUAGUGAUCCGUUAACCUAACCUCUUUAUCUAUUGGGUUUGUCCGCUUGGACAUGAAAUCGUCUUAUUUGGUUGAGAAAUUACAUUGGAAAGAAUCGGCGAAUUAUAAAACGAACUAUUUGUCCUCUGACAGAGAUUCGGAGAAAUGGAGAAUUCUACUUUAUCGUUCGAUUAGCGCUAGAAUUACCAAGACAGUUUAAGACACGGUUUUAAUCUUUGACCAACUGUUCGUCGUUCAUCGGGCCGAUAACGUUUGCAAUGAUUUAAUGUAACGUAUCUUCGUUGUAUCGUAAAAUAUCGGAAAAUCGGCGAAGAGAAAUCCCAUCAAACAGAGCUCGUCUACGAUGUUUUGUCUAAAAGGAAGAAACAGUGGCGAUACGAAGCUUAGAGAGAUGUUGAGACAGGAUGAUUUUGGAUGGUGGUUGAGCAACGAGGACGAUCUAAAAUCGCCUAGAUCAACUCGUAGUAAAGAUCGUCGGUCGGUGGGAUCGUCCGAAUCGAUGUUUUCCUGCAUAGAUUCUGAAGACAGCGAAAGUUAUGUCCUUGCGCAGGAAUUCAAGCAAGAAUGCAACGGUAAUUACGAGAAAAUAGAACUUACGUCGUUAAUUAACGAAGAUGGGGACGUGAAUCUUAUCGAGCUAGAUGCGAGUAAGAAAGAAGCGGACGUCGCGCCAUUUCUAGCGGAAGACGAGACACGGUGUUCGGACGAAUCGAACCCGAAGUCGCAGGACUCGCACGGAACGUGCUACACACCGGAAAGGCUGGUCAGAUCUCAGAAGUACCGAAUACUAGCGCCGUCGCCUCGCUACUUGUCGAUCUCUCAAGUGAGAGACAUGACAGAUAAUCCAUGGAAGACGUCUCACUGCCGCCACCGGUUGGACUGUCUUAUCGACUCCAACCAAGAUGGUGGAAUGCAAAUGAAAACUUUCACGAAUCCUAAUCCGAAGGAAAUAGUGGUACCGAUAAUCGACUUGCAUCAUUGGAAAAAAUAUGAACGAGUCUAUAACGGGGACAACGGGACGAUAAACGAUAAAAACGAAACGAAAACGGAAGACAUGUCCGAUUAUUCAAGCAGCCUGAACGUGUCCGAUUAUUCGUUCAGCAAGAGAUCCAGUUGCGAGAGAUUGAAUGACACAUGGGAGAACAGUGGCAAGAUGGAGACACGCAACUCUUCCAGCGGUUGCGAAACGACUCCGUUCGAAGACACUUCCGGUAUCCAGAGUAACGAUUCGAGCUCCAAUACCCACACCUCGAAUAUGCAAAGCACUCCUCCUCUCUGUCUCAGUGACGAGUUGGCAACGACGAAUUACAAGCUCGAUACCACACAGAGACAACGUUCUACUACCAAUGAGGUAGUAUCGAUUCUUGAAGUACUUGACACAAAUCCCGAGAAAGCUAUGGUUCUUCUUGAUGAAGAUAGUUUUCACGACAGGACGUCCUCACACGAUCAAUUGACCAGACUGGCUUUGACCAUUGAAACGGAUGAGAAUAUGUCGGGAGUUCUCGAGAAAGAACAUUUAAUUCAUCUUCAAAACAAAAUAAAGAAACUUCAAGCUAGCAACAAAGACAUUUGUCGAGACAUAUCUAAUCUUCGAAAGAACUUUCAAUGUGACGAACAGAAAAUGGCAGACAUCUCGUCCAAUACCAGCAAACUACGACAGGACGUACAUGAUCUGCGAUAUCUCGACGACCUUCUGAAUCUCUUACGGGGAGAAUUGGAAAGGAUCUCGAAAAGAAAUUGGCCAUUUGUUAUAGGACGUAUAGGACAUCAUACGGAGGAAAUGAAUCUCAUCGUGUGAACGAUACAAAUUACUUCCAUUAUAUCGAUAGAAUUUAACGGAAGAUUUUACAAGAACUUUCGUAAAAUUGCGAGAUAAUAGCUCGAUACUUAGAGACACGGUGGAAUAUUUUUAUAAGACACAAGCACGCUAAGAGCGUUUCACUGCCAUUGUUACUGUUAUUCACAACGACGUAAACUUACAAGAUAGGUUUAUGUAAUAAAUUUCGUAGUCUCUCUCUUUCUCUCUCUCUCUCUCUCUCUCUCUCGUAGAACCAAACGUAGUAAACGUAAAUUUUACAUCUUAAUAUAAUCGAUUGUCCGUCUAAAAGAGAAAUUAUCCUAUAACAUUGUCAUCGAAAUAAAAUGAUCGUAAUACGAGUGCAUGAUAUUUGAAUCGCGUGCGCAAAUAGAAAUUAGAGAAUAGAAUUUCAACAAAUUCUACUUCUAUUCUCUGGAAUAGGCAUAUGAAUAAUACUCGUAUAUUACUUAGAUAGAUUUUUUUCCCUUCUGAAAAAUUUAUUUAUAUAGAAAAUGUACAAUGUAUUUUUAUAUGUAUACAAUCGAUAAUUCUCUUUUCUUUUAUAAUUUCGUGAUUUAAUAACUUGUUCAAAAUCCUCAUAUUUGUUGCUAUUGAACUGUUGCCAGUAUUAGUAUUAGUAUUUAAUCACACGAUAUACCGCAGGCAGGUGUUUACUCAAAAUUAAUAGUUAGAACAGACAUUGUAUGGAUUCUAAGUUUCAGGAUUUGGUACAUGUAUCGUUGCUCUAACAUUAGUUACAAUUAAUAUGGCAUCUCACUUUAUCUUUCUCUUGCAUUUUACAAACUUUUCUAUCUAUAGCCAAACAUUUAUAAAUAUGUAAUUAACGUUAGACUGUUAACCGAGGAAAGCAAAAUAAAUUCACUUUUUAAUACCUUAAA